AGGAGUUCUCCUCCAGACGCGCUCAUUCUCCUCUGUCCCAGAUCAGGACCAGGCGAGUUUUCGGACGGAUUUGUGACACCGCGGGGAUAUGAAGAACAUGCAGUAGAUAAUAUUCGCGGGAACGCGUGACGUGUAAAGGACUGCGCGGAACUGUCAGGAGUCUGAUUUUAUACGGGACUAAUGCCGAACUUGUUUUAGAAGAGCGCGGGGUGAGCUUCUGAUUGCGCGUGGAGUUCUGCAGGAUCUGCCCGCUCUGAGGAGAGACUCUCGUCCCGGGUCAGCAGCGCCGGUUCGGCGGGACGGACUGGAGCCUGUGCGCUCAGAGAGAGAGAGAGAGAGGGCGUAAAAAUAACAUUGGCUAAGACGCGCUCCAUUCCGCGGGCGCGCUGACAUUUCAAACGCCAGUUUGGGUGGCACCCGGCAAUAGAACCCUAGCAGGCUGCAGAAACGGUGCCAUCCCAUCCUAUCCCGUUGCCAUGGUGACACGCCAACAGCUUCGCUAGAGGAAAGCCCGAUGAGGAUACGCUUUUGAACCUUUCGCACUUGGCACGCCUCACCUGAGCGAGUAUCCCUGUGAAAGAAAGAAAGAAAGAAGAAGAAGAAAAAAAGAACAGCCCAUGUCAUUCCGGGCCACGCGGCCGUCUAUUAAAAGAUCUCGCUCGUGCUGUCGCUCGGACUAUUUAUGCACGAGGGCGCAGUGAGGGCCAACUCCACUCCGUAGACACACAGAAGACGAGUCAUGGGCAGCAUCACCCGCGCGCUCCCGCUACUACUGCUGCUCCUGUGCGCGCACGGCACCGCGGCCCAGCACUACCUGCGCCUGAGGCCCUCGCCCAGCGAUACCCUGCCCGUCUCGGGUCUCAUCGAGGAGCCCGACCCGGAGUACGACCCGCAUGAGCAGGACCUCUCGGAGAAGACGCUGCGCAAGAAGCUGGGGAGCCACUUCGACCCCAACUUCAUGUCCAUCCACCUGCCCGCGCAGCUGAACUCCAGCGCGCCCCCGGACCUCCCGCGCAUGCCCAUGCCGCCCGAGCUCAAGAAGCUGGACCUCGCGGAGACGCCGUACGGCAGGCGCGUCAAGGUGGGCAAGAAGGCGCGGAGGAAGUUCCUGCAGUGGCUGUGGAUGUACACGCACUGCCCGGUUUUGUACACCUGGAAGGACCUGGGCGCGCGCUUCUGGCCGCGCUACAUCAAGGAGGGGAACUGCUUCAGCGAGCGCUCGUGCUCCUUCCCCGAGGGCAUGUCCUGCAAGCCGGUCAAGUCGGUGACCAAGACCUUCCUGCGCUGGUACUGCCAGGGCUUCCUGAGGCAGAAGUUCUGCACGUGGAUACCGGUGCAGUACCCGAUCAUCUCCGAGUGCAAGUGCUCGUGCUGAGCAGCGGGAGCUCGGGCGCAUCGAUUCUCAAUGAUUGCACUGUUUACCCACGGACAGGGAUGUGUGACGCCACAUAGCGAAUCUAUUUUUUUAAAUAUAUAUAUAUAUGUAUAUAUACACGUACUAUAUAUGUAUACAUAUAUAUAUGUGUAUGUGUGUGUGUGUAGCUUUUUAAUUCAAAGUAUAUGACAUAUAUGUACAUAUUUAAGUCAAGGGAAGAAGACGAAGAAGAAUGCAGCUAUUUUUAUUAAAGGAUCAGGACCAUAUAUUCUCACGAGGAGCACUUCAGCUCGUGGUUAUUUUUAUGAAAUUAUUGCCAAGACGCAAGAGAGAACUUCACUUUCCUCACUGAACUCUAUUUAUAGAGACCGAAGAUGAACACUACGUUGAUGCCUAUAGAAGUUUUGUACAAAUAUUAAUAUCAAUAAUGAAGAUUUUUAAAAAAAAGAGGCUGGUCUGAAAAUUAUACACGUGAACUCAGCCUUUUUUUUCCUUUUGAAAAUCAUAUAGUAUUUUAGUAAAAAAAAAAAAAAACAAAUGUGUACGUUUUAUUUAUUGUUUUAACUGUUGUGAGUAUGUAUAGAUAAAGAGAAGAGAAUAGAAUAUACCAGAAAUUCUACUUGAAAACUUCUAAAAAUGAAUUUAAGAGAAUAAUAAUAAUAAUAAUAAUAAACAUGUCAAUGUAAAUGCCAUGGUUUUAGCAAUAAAAUCUGUUAAACUUGGACUGAGUGUGAAGGAUCUGAG